AUGGGUCAGGAUUCCCGGACGAAGCGCCUGUACUUUGUCGACAUCGACCUCAACGCUGUCUACGUGUACCACCCCGGCCUGGACAAGUACGGAUACAGUCACUUUGACAAGAAUGUGACCGCUAUUGCCCUGUUGGCGUCCCAGGAUGGCCUCAUAGCCGCGAUCGAGGACGGCUUCGCCUUCAUCCCUCCGAGCUCACUUCCAAGUCCCAUUCUCAAUAGGACAGAUUCUCCUGCUGCGCAGUUCAAGCUGGGCUCGCCCGAGCGUUCAUACCAACCCUUGUCGACUGCGACCACCAUCGGCAAUGGUGAGGCCCGUUUCAAUGAGGGUGCCUGUGACCCCGUGGGACGUUUCCUCGCCGGAACCAUGGGCAAGGAGUUUGGUACCUCCAACGCACGGAUGUACUCCCUCCGCCCUGCCGCCGGUGGAACUUGGCAGGCGCCCCUCGUACUCGACGGCAUCACCUGCACGAAUGGGAUGGCAUGGGUCAAUGGUGGGAAGAAGCUCGUCUUCACCGACAGCUGGGUCAAGGAGAUCGUCACCUUCGAUUACAACGUCGGCAAGGGCACCAUAGCCAACCGAGGAGUAUUCUCCAACAUUACGGACCCCAAGUAUGGAUACCCCGAUGGGCUCUGUGUGGACGACCAAGGGGGAGUCUGGACGGCUCGUUGGGCAGCAGGCAAGGUGCUCCGGCUUAAUCCUGACACUGCCGAGAUCGAUGUCGAGAUUGACCUACCGAAUGCUUGGAACGCGACCUGUUGUAUCUUCGGGGGUGAUGACCUUGAGGAUCUCUACAUCACCACAGCACGGGGAACCCAAGACGCCGGCAACUUGGCACCUGCAGACCGCAAUGAGGAGGGGAAGCUAUAUGUGGUCAAGGGCACUGGCUACCGUGGUGUUGACAGGAACCGCUUCAACGGCCGGUUUGACAUUGAUGUUUAGAGCAAUGCCGUGGAGUAGGGUUCUCUAAUGC